AUGCCAAAUAAUUCAAUCACUCAUAAUAGACUCGAAACAUCUAUUAGUUCUUCUUCUAAUGAUAUCGAAAAAUCUAAUAAUACUUCUCCUAAUAUCACUUUAGAAACAACAAGUAAUACUAUUUCACGACCUUCAACAACAACAGGUAAUUGCAAUCUAAGAAAUGGGUCACAGAAGCACUAUAGACAGCGAGCAUCACAAAUAUCAGGAACUAGAAAGAAGAGGAAAACUAUUAUUAAAACAUGUUUGUUUUGUCGUGAAAAAAAAUUAAAAUGUGAUAAGAGGAGACCCUUAUGCUCAUCAUGUAUAGCUCGAAAUUUUACUGAAUGUGUUUAUGUAGAUGCUAAUGGUAAUCCCUUAGUACAAGAUUUCCAUCCUUCUUCAGAUAAUUUGACUUCGACAUCAGAUGGAACUAUGUUCAAUAAUUCUUCAAAUAUAAGUUCCGCAAAUUCGUUGAUUGGGGAAAUUCAUAGCACUACUUCUGAAUCUUCUGAUUCGAUACCAAAAUAUCAAUCCUCUAGGGCAGAAAAUGAAAUUAUUAGACAGAAUAUGGAAGCAGAAUAUAACAGCUCUGAUCCAAUCAGUGAGAAAACAAAUGUUAAUCCUCUAUCAGAAAUAUAUUAUGCCCAGGUUAAAAAAUCGGGAAGAAUCAUAACAAGUGGGCCAACCUCCAUGAGAUGCUUUGCUAAUAAAGGUGUCCAAAGAUUUAUUGAUAAGCAUGCAUUCUUUUGGCAUGUUGUUAAAAAGGCAAGAAUGAAAUGGAAAAAUAAACAUAAUUUUUCGAUGUUAAAAGAAUUAGGGUCUAUCGGUGAAGAUUAUGGUACACUCUCGAAAUCUUUAAUAACAGAUGUAUGCAAGGUUUUACCAAGCUACGAGGCAAUGAUAUCUUGUAUUGAAAGAUUCUUUUCCGAAUUUGAAUUAUAUCCAUACUCCAGCGCUAUUGAUAAAGCUAAAUUGUAUACCGAUUUUUAUACCUCCUUUGUACCUGAUACUGAAGUAAAUUCGACUGGUGAAAGGCAAAUCGUAAAUAUAAUUGUAGACGCCAAGAAAAAUUAUUACAGAAGCGCCGUAAUUAUAAUGAUUUUAGCGAUGACUAAAUUUUUUUCACAAAUUCCAGCACCUAUUGAAAAAUUUUUAAUUUUAUUGACCGGUUGCUCCAUGGGAAAGAUUUAUUAUAUUGAAAGAGCUCAAUUUUUAUUGUUAAGGAUCGUCCAUAGGUCUACAUACAUUUCGGAUGGUGGCGAUUCUUCUACUUUAAUUGAGUUAUGUGCAGAACUAUGUAAUACCUGUACUGUGAUUGGUUUGAAUCGUGAUAUCGAUGAAACUUUUAAAGAUAUGGGUGAAUUAAUAGGGAAAGCUCCUAAAUUGAAGAAUUUAUGGUUAUGGGCAUUGUAUGUGGAUUAUCAAAUUUCAUUUGAGAUGGGUAAACCCAUGUUUGUUACAUUGGAUAUUUUCAAUGAUUUUAGGAAGGGGAAUGUACUGAAUGUUGAGGAUGGGGAUAUUGAUGAACCUAAUAACGGUAGAUUUAUGAAUUUGAUGAAAAGAUAUUUAAGGAUUGUACGUCCGAUGUUAAGAAGGAUUUUAUCAGUUAAUGGAACUCCUGAUUUUGAACAAGAUGAAGAACUUUUACUGAGUUUUAUUGAGAAUGAAUUUCCUUCUAUUGAUAAUUAUACUGAUGAGUUUAAAAUAUUUGGCGUUGAUUUAUGUGAAAUUCGGAUUUUAUCCUCAUGUAUAGCCAUGUUAAUAUGUAAUUAUUGUAUUAGAUUUUCAUAUCUUCAUGUGCAUAAUAUUCACAUAAAAGUUGGCUUUACCAAAGCUAGUUUUGUAUCUUUUAGUCUUUCUACGAAUUUAUUAAUUCGAUGUUUUGAAAUAGAUAAAUUAAAAUUUCCUGAUAUGAUAAAUCCAAGUUGUAAAGAAGUAACUCCAUAUAUCGCACUUGCAGUUAAUAUGACUGCUAGUAUAUUAAAGAGAUCUUUAAUUUCCUUCGUGGUAAUGACACAUUACAAAUUGACAACCAUGUGUAAUCCACCUUCGUUUUUAAAUAGGGAUGAUACCAAAUUAAAAAUUGAGUUGAAUUCAUUAAGAAGCAACAUUAACGAUUUUUCACUGGCAUCAGCGUUCGAUGCAUUUUGCGAAAUUUUUGAUAGAUGGGCCAUCCCCAAGGAUCCUAAUAUGCAGCAAGUCAUGUGUCGAUCAUAUCAAUUUGUGAUAUCAACUACGUUAGAAAGAAUUGGAAGGAAAAUUUUAAAGAAAAUAUUAGCACAUAGAUAUAAGACGGAAAAUAUUUGGAUUAAUAAAAAUAGUAAGAAUCUGGCAGCGAAGUUUGGUUCAAGUUUCCGCAACUCCUUACCAACUGAAGAAUUCGUUAGACAAAAUUAUUCUUUAAACCAACAUUUAAUUGAUACUAAGAACUCCACUAAGUCAUCUAUAAUAAUUACUAACACACAAUCUAUGGCAACUACAGACACUACAACUACUUCUUCCAAUAUUACAACUACAACACCGGCUACUGGCAAUAGUAGUACGACAAACUACGACAUUCAAAACCCUACAUCGAUUAAUCCCACUGAAGGGAGUCAAAUGCCGGUUGACCUGACUUAUGGAACAACCAUUGACUCUUCAAAAGAUGCCAGCCCCGUGGUUCAAAAUAACACUAACAUAGAGGACGAUGACACAAACUUCAAAGAGAUGUACGAAGAAUUUUGGGCUGUUUACAAUGAUGGCUUCCAAAAUGUGUUUGAUGAAGCUGAUUCUAACGAAAUAGCAGAAGGUCUUGAAAUGUUUGAAGACCUGGCGUUAUUUAAUUAG